AUGGACGCGGACCAUGUAUUUAUUGAUAUUCAUCAAUGUUUAUCAUUAUGUUCAAGUUCAAUCUCUAAUGAAACUCAAUAUGGAUGUAUGACUCUUCGUUAUCUACACAUUCGUGUUAUUUACACAUGUUUUCUUGAACAUCUUAUUGAAUUUGUACCCAAUCUUGAACGAUUAUCAGUUUAUAUGCGCUCGUCAUGGACCAGAUAUAAAUCAUAUAAAUUAAACUGUGAAAAAGUUUUCGAAUUGAAUUCAUCGUGGUGUAAUAAAGUAGAAAAAUUAAAAUAUUUGAUUGUGAAAAGCGUUGUUCAUACAGACUUUCAAUUGUACUAUUUGAAAUGGAUUUUUAAUAAUCUAAAUCAUGUUGAAAAAGUUAAACUUCGUCUUAAGAUCGCUGAAUAUAACGGAGGAAAUGAAGUGAUUGAUGGAUCUCCUGUUGAUGCAAGUUUUGUUCGUAGGCAUUUGAUGGGUGAUAUAACAAUCAAUUUAACUUAUUUUGAUUUUUAUAUUAUUUCUCAUUGCAAAUUUUUAUCAAAUAAUAUCGAAAAAAUAAUCGAUUCAUUUAAAUUUGAACCCUUUUUCAUUGAACAUCAAUGGCCAAAUGUGAAAUGUUUAUUUGAUCCAAUAAUGUCGUAUCAACAUCUUUCUUCUUUUAUUUUUAAUAAAUCUCAAUUUUUCAAUAAUUUAAUAAGUUAUCCAGAUAUAUUUCUUUGGCCAGUUAUGAGAUCUCUUAGGAUAGAUUUGUUUCCAAAUCUUGUUCGAUUUCUUGAACAACUCGAUCGAUUCUUGCCUAAUGUUUCUUCUAUCGAAUUUGAUCUAAGACGUUAUGAAGAACUUACGAAUCAAAGUAAACAACGUGCAAUAAUACUUGCUUAUCUUAUUUCAAUGCCAGUUCAACUUAAUUAUCUUCGAAUCGAGCAAUUUCAAUGGCUUUUACAUAUUGUUGAAUGUGCAUUUAAUAACCUUCGAAAGAACGCGUUAAGUACUGUAAGAUACGUCGAAUUUUGUCUUCCUAGUUGUUAUAUUGGAUCGCUUGAAUCAUUUCAUGUUGGCAAAUCUCUUGUACCUUUUCUUAGCAAUUACAUGCCUUAUUUACAAACAUUGUGUAUUUGGAAACCAGAUGAUUUAUCAUGGACAUAUACUGAAAGGGUAAAUGUUUUCAAAGAAGAUCUUUGUCAAUUAGCUGAACAAUUAAAACAACUUGUUUUUUUGAAUAUUUAUGGAAAAAUCGAUCGUGAAAAACUCAAACCUUAUCGCUAUAUGGUUAAAAAACAUUUUCCUAAUAGUCAUAUUUAUCUUGAAAUAUUAAGAUUCCGCCUUUGGAUGUGA